GCGAGCAGCAGCUGGGCGGUCACAUCUGGGAAUGCAAAGCCGACCUCCCCCUCCUCCUCCUCCACCUCCUCCUCCUCUUUCACCCGGGAUCACUUCCGAAACCACUUCGCCUUCAGCCCCUGCCUCGGCCAGAGGGAUUUAUUUAAUGGGGAUGUGUUCAAGGCAAGAGAGAAUUCAGAAGGAUAUCGACGUCGUGAUCCAGAAGUCCAGAGCCGAGAAAGACUGCCUGUUUGCAGAUUUCAGAUACUCAGACUCCACCUUUACUUUCACCUACGUUGGCGGCCCCAAAAGUGUAUCCUACUCAGUACACGUCUCAGAAGACUAUCCAGACAAUACAUACGUGUCAAGUUCAGAAAAUGAUGAGGAUGUACUAGUCACUACCGACCCCAUUCCUGUCAUUUUCCAUAGAAUAGCAACAGAAUUAAGGAAAACAAAUGAUAUUAACUAUUGUUUGUCCAUAAGAUCUAAAUUACAAAAGGAAAAUGGGGAGGAGUCAAGGCAGAAUAGUACAGUGGAAGAAGACUCAGAGGGUGACAACGACUCUGAAGAGUUUUAUUAUGGAGGACAGGUGAACUACGAUGGGGAACUCCACAAGCACCCUCAGCUAGAAGCUGAUCUGUCUGCAGUGAGAGAGCUCUAUGGACCACAUGCAGUUUCUCUCAGGGAAUAUGGAGCUAUUGAUGAUGUAGAUAUUGAUCUGCACAUUGAUGUCAGCUUUCUGGAUGAGGAGAUUGCUGUGGCCUGGGAAGUGAUUCGAACAGAACCUAUUAUUGUCCGACUACACUGUUCUCUUACACAGUAUUUAAAUGGCCCAGUGCCCACGGUUGAUGUCUUUCAGAUUUCGACAAAAGAGCGGUUUGGAUUGGGACAUCAGCUGAAAAAAAUCAUGCAGACGUUUGUUUCUCAGCAGUGGAAACAGAGCAAAGAAAAAUCCAAUUGCCCGCACGGUAAGAAGCUGUCAGAGAAGAAAGUGAAGUCUCCUCUGCAUUUGUUUUCCACCUUGCGCAGGUCGCCCAGCUAUCCUCCCCCUGGUUGUGGCAAAAGCAAAUCCAAACUGAAACCCGAACAAGACGGCAUCUCUAAAACACACAAGUUGCUGCGGAGGACUUGCUCCAGUACUGUCAAAGCUGAUGAUAUGUGUGCCAAGUCACACAGGACUUUCGGGCGUUCGCUGUCCAGCGACCCCAGGGCCGAGCAGGCGAUGUCCACCAUUAAAUCGCACAAACUUCUGGGCCGGCCCUGCCCAACAGCCGGCAAGCCGGAGGACUGCCUCACACUCAAGUCCCAUAAGUUAUUGACUCGAUCUUGUUCUGGAGACCCACGAUGUGAGCACAACACCAACUUGAAGCCCCACAAACUGCUAAGCAGGUCUUACUCCAGUAAUCUCAGAGUGGAAGAGUUAUAUGGGUUGAAAAAUCACAAAUUGCUCAGCAAGUCUUACUCCAGUGCCCCCAAAUCAUCGAAAGCGGAGCAUUUCAAGGAACCCAACGCAGAGGGCAGGAGGCUCUCGCUUACCUCAGGGCUCAUCGGUAUUUUAACACCAUCGUCGUCUUCUUCCCAGCCUCCUACAAAUGGUGCAAAAUGCAUUCCAAUCAGAGACCGCGGCUUCCUGGUGCAGACCAUUGAGUUUGCUGAACAGCGGAUCCCUGUACUGAAUGAAUACUGUGUCGUGUGUGAUGAACCACACGUGUUUCAAAAUGGCCCCAUGCUUAGGCCCACAGUAUGUGAGCGAGAGCUGUGUGUGUUUGCUUUUCAAACCCUGGGAGUGAUGAAUGAAGCUGCUGAUGAGAUCGCUACCGGAGCUCAGGUGGUAGAUCUGCUUGUGUCCAUGUGUAGAUCUGCGUUGGAAUCUCCUAGAAAAGUCGUCAUUUUUGAGCCAUAUCCUUCUGUGGUAGAUCCUAAUGACCCUCAGAUGUUAGCCUUCAACCCCAGGAAGAAGAACUAUGAUCGCGUAAUGAAAGCUCUCGACAGCAUAACUUCCAUCAGAGAAAUGACACAGGCACCCUAUCUGGAAAUCAAGAAGCAGAUGGAUAAACAGGAUCCCCUUGCUCAUCCACUUCUGCAAUGGGUCAUCUCAAGUAAUAGGUCACAUAUUGUGAAACUGCCAGUCAACCGGCAACUGAAGUUCAUGCACACUCCACACCAGUUCCUCCUUCUCAGCAGUCCACCAGCCAAAGAGUCCAACUUCAGAGCUGCCAAGAAGCUCUUUGGGAGCACCUUCGCAUUUCAUGGCUCUCACAUAGAAAACUGGCACUCUAUCCUGAGGAAUGGUCUGGUCGUUGCCUCUAACACGCGUCUACAGCUCCAUGGUGCGAUGUAUGGAAGUGGGAUCUAUCUUAGUCCAAUGUCAAGCAUAUCGUUUGGUUACUCAGGGAUGAACAAGAAGCAGAAGGUGUCAACCAAGGACGAGCCAGCUUCAAGUAGUAAAAGCAGCAGUGCAUCACAGUCUCAGAAAAAAGGACAGCAAUCCCAGUUCCUGCAAAGCCGUAACUUGAAAUGCAUAGCCUUAUGUGAAGUGAUCACGUCACCUGACCUGCACAAGCAUGGCGAGAUAUGGGUUGUCCCGAACACGGACCAUGUCUGUACACGAUUCUUUUUUGUCUAUGAAGAUGGCCAGGUGGGAGAUGCCAAUAUCAACACACAAGAAGGAGGUAUUCACAAAGAGAUACUCCGAGUGAUUGGUAAUCAGACUGCAACUGGUUAAAGGACCACCACAUAACAGGAUUUGAAAGCCUUCCUUGGGUUCAAAGCUGGAUUUUGAACUGAAGAAGAUGACAAAAUAAUUUAUUGUUAUUAUAAACAAAAUUAACCCUUUGAAUACUGAUUUUUUUCUUUUCUUAGUAUUUCUAAAUAUUUCAUUAAAUGCCUAAAAUGGUAUAAGAUUUACUGAUUGUAGGGUUAUGGAAUCUAGUAAAUAAACAUUAAACAGCACUUAAACUGAAGUUUGGGUUGCAUACACAAUAAACAGAUUGAAAAAACAGUUUUGUGCUGAUAUUUUAUAUGAAAUUCUUUAAUUGGACAUUCGGUAUUAUAUACUGCUAUUUUAGGGUACUGAAAUAGAAUUGAGGUCGUUCUAGAAUGGCUUCUAAAUCUGCCAGGCAGUCUGCAAUAAGUACAAUAUCUGCACAUUGCAGUGUACUCAGUCAGUAUGAGUCACAUCAACAUUCGAAUGCCAUAGGAAGGAUAUUCCUAUUCUCCUGUCUUAGAAAAACUGCAGUUAGGUGUGGAGACAGUGCCAUGCCAGAAGGCAUGUAGCAUACCCAUCUGUACAUGUCAUGUUUCAGGAUGUGUGACUGAGCACACACGUGCAUGUUCAUGAAUGUAUUUUGACAACAGAGAUGGAUAGCUUCUUCAUUCUGUCAUUUAGCGAACAGAAAUCAUAAUCAAUAAGCAGUAAGUCUGGACAUAAACCGUGGUAUGAGCCAAAUUUACUAUAGUUCAUUCACAAACACAAAAUAAUUUUACACCCAUUUUUUUCUUGAUAGUUUGAAGAAACAUCCCACUGGUUAAUACAUCUAAUUUAAAAUGUCAUCUGAAAGUCAACUAAGGGAAAAGCAAUGUCCCUGGUGACUUAAGUCUGUAUUUAAAUACCUAGUUGAUUUUUAAAAAGAACCACAUAAUUAACAGAAAGUGCACACUUCUUAUUUCUUCCAAUGGAGUUUAUUUUUACAGUAUCUAUAUUUUUAUAUUUUUCAUCUGCUACCUCUGAUUAUUUUUUUUUCAUAUUGAGAAAGAAGGUAGACAUUGAAGCGUCUUUUACAUGAAAAGAACACACGCUCACAGAGAAAACUCACCCCGAUUUGCAGCACUUCUUUGUUGAGUCACACACUCAUCCAAUCCUUUCUGUUUCUUUGAUUCUGAGAUUCAUAGGCCUUUCAAGUUUGAACUGACAUUGUUUAUUUUGCUAUAUGAAUGAUGCCUUUGGAAUCAGGCCAUUCACGGAAGCAAUUUAAUUAUUAAAUCUGCCGCUCUAUUUAAACCCUGAAUCAAGGCUCAUAUCUGAUUUUAAUUUAUGUAAACAGAAAAAAACUACAAAUGUGUCAUCAUGUGCAGGUGUGAUGUGACAACUUGUAUGCUUAUUCCCUUUGGCAUAAAAGAUGAGAGAAGGGUCGUCAUACAUGUUGUCAAGGGCUGCAGUAGGAAGAUAUUACUGAUCAUUUGUUUCCCUUAUACUGUAAAUAAUUGAAAUGCCACCAAUUCUGAAAAAAAAAACAUAGAUUCGAAGAGGUUAGGAUACAAAUCAGUUUAAUAGUGUCUGCUCAAAGAACCAUCGAUUUGUUAUGACUUGUCCCUCUGAGCUACGGAGUAAUAUCAGCAUGUUAGCUCCUCUAUUGAGUGUUCAGUGACCAGUUAUUUGAAGACUUGGGUGGCAUGAGAAUAACCAUUUGCUUCUUUCUACCAGACCUCCUAAGUCAUUGUAAUAAUAUUUUGAGAUAUUUUCUAGGCAACAAGAAAGGAAGUAAUUUUAUGGAACAUUCUACAUCUGAUAAUAUAAAGAUGUAAUUCCUAAAUUUAAAAUGGAGGCUUGUCUUGGGAUCCUCCUACUAGAUCACCAGCGAGGAACCUCUGAAAAGUCUGAAAAAUGCCUCCUAGCUUAAUUGAAAAGCCCUGAUCUAACCAGUUAUGGCUUUGUUUAAUAGUUGGGUUGCAGUACUAGGAUCUGAACCAGAAGGGAAACCUGUACUUGCACUCAAGGGAGAUAAGAGGAGGGAAAACUGGCAUCGAAAACUUCUACUGCCAAUUUAAGAGUACAAGAAAACUUGCCUAUUCAAGUAGAAAAGUAAUUGGUAGUUUAAUUCCCAUUUAAUACAACACAGAGAUGGGCAUUUUAUGAUCAUUAAAUGAGAUAUCUUUAAAAUGAUCAUCGAGUUGUAUUACUUUCCCAGAAUUAGAUUCCCACAAUUGCAUCAGAACUUUUAUAAGCAAAUACUCUAAAAAGAGUAAAACUUUUAUUGAACUUUUGAAAUUGGAACUCUUAUGAUACAUUAAUGAAAAUGCUUAUAUUUCUAAAGGAUGUAAUUUCUACUAAUACCAUUAGUAGGUGAGUACCUUAUUUCCAAAACUCAAGGUCUCCAAAAAGUUCACAAGCAAUUAUCAGCCUAUGACUCAGUUGCCCUAUUAGGGUGAUUGUACUUGAUGACUCUAGACAUUUUAGAUAGUAUUGCAGUUUAAUGGAAAUCUAUCCAUUGCCUUUAUAACAGUAAUAUUAUUUCUGUGGUCAUUGCUACUCAGUACUACCCAUUUGUGAAAUAGAGUAGGGUCCAUUCUUUCUCAUAUUGCUAAUUUUAUGAAACUUCUCAUUAGGAAACAUUCUUCCCCUUUCACUACAAAAUAGAGAUGAAAUGACUGGAAAUUGAAGCAGAGAAAAAAUGUAAUGAGAUAUAAAUAAUCCAGUAAAGGAGAAUGUGUCACAGUGAAGCACUUUGAUGUGCCCAGGAGUACCAGGCUGGUAGUUCAUCUCAGUCAGAUGUGGGGUUUGAAGAUUUUUUUAUUUAAACUUGAAUUUUAAAGAGUGCUGAAUCCUUAGAGUUACUGUGAAACACUGUGUAAAAAUAAGAGAUGAAUCCAAACUGAUAGGAUGGUUCCUCUUCGGAAAUUUUAAGAAUUUGCCAUAGAAGUCACCCAAUUUUCUACUCCUCUACUGAUUAAACGUGAGCAUUUAAUAUGGAAUUCUAAAAUCUUUAAUAUCACUUGAAGACUUUUAGCAGUGCAUUCCUUACUGAUGUUUCAUAAAUCAUAACUUGUUUCAGGACAUGCAGUUGCAGAAAGCAUUCAGGACAAACUCAUCCACAACUUUCAUCACAUAAUAAUUUAAUAUUGUGAAGGUCCACUCAACCUUAGAUCAUCUCUCAUCCAAAUAAAUAGAGAUAUCAUGGUCACAUUUGAAGCACAUUAAAGAAACAUCCUAUUCUAUUGGCCUGCUGAAUUCUUCAUUCUAACACUACCUCAGCACUAAAGACUGCUUAUCUGCAGUCUUGACUGCUUAUCAAAGCAAAUUGGUUUCCAGAGUAAGGGACAUACAAUUUUACAGACAGAAGUCAUCAAAUAAAUCAACAGUUGAGACCAUACGUGACACAGACAUUGCUGGCUGCUUCCUAGCGGCUGUAGCGUUGGCAUCUUAGUCACAUCGAUUAAUGACAUAGUUAACGAGUUAUUGCAAAGUCUAAGUGGCAUAAUUAGAAGUUAAUUAGUUCACUGUAAGGUUCGUUUUCUACAUGGGCCACUUUCAUGUCCCAUCACUUAAGAGCCACAAGCAGUUAUGCACACUAAAGGGUUAAAGAGUUUAAAGAGCAAAACAACAAAGUAACCCCAGUUGCUGUGCUAGAAUGACAAACUGAAUAUUCAAACAUGUUGGCAACUCUUGCCAAUGAAAUUUUUGUCAGAUCAUCUAUGGAUUUGAUGUAUAUUAUUACCCAGUAAAUUUUUCUUGGGGACUUUGUACACACCAUGAAAUAUAGACUUAAGUUUUUUUGUCGGUCAAAAGUAUUUCAAGUAGCUUUUAGACAAAACAUAUCCAUAAGUGUGAAAAAGCUGUCUUGACAAAUAGAUUACAUUACACAUUUACCAGCAAGUCAGUAAAAAAAUAGUACUUAUUUACAUAGUCAACAUCAUUUAAUGUUCUAAAAACAGUUUCUUCAAUCUGCCCAAUACUUAAUGUAUCAUUUGAGAUUUUUAAAAACUGCAGCCACUCCUUUAUGUAAACAUUAAGAUAUGCCUAUGUUUCUUUGAGAAUACAACCUUCUUUACAAGAAAUUUCUUGACUUUUGUGCACAGAAUAGUAUUGCAACCUGCUAUUUAGCCUUUGGUGCCUUAGAGUUAUUCUAUUUAACAAUAUGUACAUAAUGUAAAUACUGCCAAGAGAUCAUUAAGGCCAAAUAUUUUCUCUAUUCACUUUUUAUUGCACUUGCUUUCUAUUGCUCCCUCAGCCUCUUUUAUCCAGCUUUGUAAUAGUUCUAACAUUGUAGCCAAUGUAAAUGUUUACUUUCAAUAAACCUGGAUUU